CCUUCAGCCUUAUUAUUGUUUUGUUAUUGUCCAAUUAAUUUAUCUUUUAAUUAUAUUUAUAUCUAUCCCCUAUUAAAAACCGCUUCCUAAAGCAAAAUGAACGCCAACAGGUGCCGGUUAUGCUUGGGGCACACUACUCAAUACAUAAACAUUUUCCAAAAAGACAGUUUUUCAGAAAUGAUACACAUUUUAAGUGGCAUAAAGGUGGACCCUGAAGAUGGGCUUCCAUCAAUAGCAUGCCUACAAUGCCACCAAGAAGUAAAGUCAGCGAUGCUGACUCGCUACCAAAUAAUCAACUCGAAUAAGACAUUGUGUGAAGAAUUACAGUUUUCCGCCCACCCGGAUAUUAAAAUUGACUAUGAUGAUGAGCCCAUAGGUUCAGACUGUGAGGUUGAUAACUCUUUUGAUAUGAUUGAAGUUGAAACUGAGCUAACUGAAGAGGAGUGUUGUGAGGACAACAGAAACUCACCAAUCAAUGCCAUAAAGUUUAAAAGAAAGCCCUUGGGAGAUAAAGUUGAUAGAAAAAAACGAAAGCCAGCAAAAGUACAGUUUACAUUAUCAGUAGAACAUGAGAAAUUCUUAAAAGGGAUUAAGAGAAAUGACCGGGUGGCUUGUCCGGACUGUGGCAAGGUUUUAUUCGGGGUAAACAUGAAAAAUCAUUUAUAUACUCAUAAGUAUGAUCCAGUUAUUUGUGACAUGUGUGGAAAGACUUCUAAAAAUGCUCAGGCCUUACAAGAUCACAUCAACUACUACCAUAAAACUACCAUAGACCGAUUUGUUUGUGACAAAUGCGGUAGAUGCUUUCGGGUUCGGUGUGCCUUAGAGAAACACGAACUGAAAGAACACGGUAGCGGUGAGAAAAGUUGUGAAUGUUCAAUUUGUGGCAAAAAGUUUUUUGAGCAAGCUCAAUUAAAAAACCACAUAAAAAUCACUCACAAUAAAAUUAAAUCGUACAAAUGCGAGCACUGCGGUAAGGACUUUGGAAGAAGGACCCAAUUCGUUACUCACCAGCUGGUCCAUUCCAAAGUUAAUCGUUACCAUUGCCAAGUGUGCGGCAAAGGGUUCAAAAUAAAACAGACCAUGCAGACACAUCUUAAGGGCGUACACGGGAUAGAAGAGGAAAAAACGAUAUUUUGCGAUAUUUGCCAUAAAGGGUUCUCUUCACAAAAUGGUCUGAGGGCCCAUAUUAACUCCAGAGUGCAUGGCUUGGAGAAGUGCGAGCACUGUUCAGAGUACAUCACUCUCGAGUUUAAAAGGGUACAUUUAAAGGAAAUGCAUGGUUUGAAGCCUCACCGAACAACUUCUAAAAAACCAUGAAGCACUCAAGCGAACCAGAAAAAGACCAAUGGCACAAGUAUGCCAAAAUAUACGAUCCAGUAAAAUGUGCCUCAAUAGAUGGCACCGACUCAGAACCCCAUGAUCGAGCUGUCGUAAGGGCCCUUAACUCAGAGUACCGACCAAACAGGUUCAUUAAAGGUAAACCGGAGUGUACCAUUUUCAUAAGUCGCCUGAACCAUGACACAAGCAAAGACACCAUCAAAGAAGUGUUCUCGACUUAUGGGAAAAUCAAAAGGUUCAGAUUGGUGAGGGAUGUGGUCACCGGGAUGCCCAAAGGAUACGGUUUCAUCGAAUAUGAAGAUGAACAGUCUGCGGAACAAGCUUAUCGAUAUGCAGAUAAAAUGGUAAUCGAUGGUAGGCCUGUGUUCGUGGACUUUGAAUGUGAAAGAUUGUUAAAAGGUUGGAAACCUCGUCGAUUAGGCGGUGGCUUCGGGGGUAAAAAAGAAUCGGGGCAAUUAAGGUUCGGGGGUAGAGAUCGCCCCUUUAAAAAACCGAUCGCUUUGGAACUGGAAGGAAAACGGAAAAGAGAGGAGGCUGACAGGAGACGUGAUAGAGAGCGCAGAGUCAGAGACAAGGAGCGCAGAACCUUAAACCAAAACGGCACUGUUAAGAGAAAGUCAAAAGAACGUUCUCCGUUAAUCCCCAAACGUCCUCCCUCACCCAAACCUGACAAACAAUGUUCGCAAAAGAAACACCACUCGAAUCAAGAGAAACCCUCAAGGGAAAAAAACGGUGAAAGCGAUUACCGUGCUUCGAGAAAUCAACAACGGUCACCGGAGGAGACACUUAUUAAACCGUCGAAAAGAGAUGGAAAUCGUCCAGUUGAACCCAAAAAACCUCCUGCACCCCAAAGAAGACCCCCAUCGCCGGACCGUAGGCCCACUAGGCACCAUUCCCCAGUAAGACGACCCCCGGAACCCCCUAAUAAGCGACUCGCGCAAUCGCGAACCCAAAGAUCUCCGGAAUAUCGGCCGAAACGUUAUUCGCCAACUUUAAGGCCUUAUCGCGGUGGUUCCCCAAAGGAGAGCGAACGACGUAGAAGACUCUCGCCACAAAGACACUUUUCCUCCCCAAAGCGAUAUUCUCCCAAGGGUUUAAGGCGACCCCCUUCUCCCGUACGUCAACGAAGUAGAUCUCCAUUGAACCGACGUAGAUCCAACGAAUUGCCAUCGUGGGCCGAGGAGAAGAGAUAUUUCGGGAGACCUCCUUCUCCCUCUUAUCCUGAAUCAUCGUCUCCCUCGAGAAGUAGUAGAAGAAGAAGAAGUUUCUCGCCGUAUAAUAGAUCUGACUUGCCUACUAGGGAGGAAUAUUCGUCGAGGCAUAGAAGAACUCCUACUCCUGAGAGAGUGAGACAGGACGCCGAUAGAUACGUUAGGAGAGAGGAACAACAACAGUAUUAUUAUGAAAAUGUAGCACCGGUUUAUUCUGGUAUUGAUAAUAUUCAUUGUCCUCCAACAAAUAGGGAAUCAGCGAAUCAGUUUGGAGCUCUAAGGGGCUCUCAGAGGGAAGAAAUUGGGGGGUAUAGACCUUCUCAGCGACAAUACGAUAAUUAUUAUCGGAAUAUUCCGGGAGGUAGCAGAGAAAGAACUUUUCGUGAUUAGAAAUAGAUGAUUACAAGAAUGAAUCCAUUGAUUUUGAUAUAAAAAAUUUAACCGUU